UCCGUGUUCGAAACUGCUGCAGACAGUAAGUGAGACUGCAGUGUUUAUUUGUCAGUUUUAAGCUUAAUAAAGGAGAGGUAUUUCUCCUCUAAAGGCCCCAAAUGACGGAUUGUAAACCUUGUAGGGUGUGCAAUUACACCCGACAGAAGUCAUAUGGGUUGGCCGUUCCUUCCCUGGAUGAGCUGAAAGUAAAAGGUUGUGAGUUUCUUGGCUUCAACCCCAGUGAAUCAGUCACAGUGGUCCUGGAGGAUGAUGGGACGAUAGUAGCGGAUCAGGGCUACUUUCUGUGUUUACCCACAAACACAAAGUUCAUGCUGCUGAAUGAGAAAGAGACAUGGUCUCCAGUCCGCAAAAUGGACGGCGGCACGGCCUGGAUGGCCAGGGAGUCUGUGGUGCUGGAGGCUGAUGCUGUGGACACUUCAAGCUCUGCAGCAUUAUGGUGGGACCUGGCUCAGCAGCUGAGACAGGACCUUACCAGCAUCAUCCUUAUGUCCGACGCAGACCUUCAGACUCUAGUAGAGGCUCCAUGCUCUGAACUAGCCUCUGCUCUGAACUUCCAAGAGAAGAGGACAGAGGACCUCCAGAAGACACUGCAGAGAGUUCUGGACCGACGAGAGGAGGAGAGGCGGUCCAAGGAGUUGCUCCAGCUCUACCUUCAGACAGCGGAGAAAGAGGAUGAACAGCAGGGAGAGCCAAGUCAACCUAGCCAGGAAGGGGCUGGAGACAUGGAUGUGACUGAUGGAAUGGAGGUGGACUCUGCGUCUGGAUUCAUGACUAGGACACUGAUGGUGCUUAAAGGCAAAACAAGCCCAGAAACAAGACUCUCCACUGAAGACCUGCAGAUGGUAGUGAGUAGAGGUGUGGACGCCAUGGUUUCAGUCCUGGGCUGGGACAAAACAAGGACGUCUUCACUGCUGUCAGCCUGUGAAGCCGAGCUGACCAAGCGUCUCCAGCAGAUUCAGGCCGUGCAGUCCAUCAGGAGUAGUACCCAGCCAGACAGCAGCCAGCCAACCAAUGAGACGACCCAGGAGGACAUUGUAAAAGCUCCAACUGAAGGCAGCAACUAGGCCAAAGUUUUCCCUGAGCAGAGACUGAUAACAAUGACACUACCUGCCUCAGGGUCAGAAGAAUGGGAUUUUGCCUGUGUUGCUGAUAGUAUCCAUAAUGCUGGAAUUUAUGAAUGUUAAUAAUGUUGAUGUUCGGAUCACUUUGUUCACCUUGUUAACCACUUGACUGCACCAAGAGAGAGCAGCGUGAUUUGCAUGAGUCAUGUUUAUCAAAGACAUUUGUGCGUCAACCACUGGCUUCAACUUUUAUGGCUUCUUAUUUUGAAGCCGUCAAACUUUUUUAAAAUGCAGAAAAAAACAUCAGUUUAAUACUUUAAGAAAUAGUUGCAGAUUUAAGAGGAAAUGCCUUCUUGCUUUGUUGCAGAUAUUAAGUUGGUACAGCUGAUAAUCUCAGAUCUGUAUCUUAGCUAUUAAACUGGAAUAGCAGCCUGCUAGAUCAGCUUAGUUAGUGUUAAGACUGAACAAGAGAAAAACACACUGCCUGGCUUUGUCAAGAGUUAAAAAAUAUUCUGACUAACAAUAAUAUCAUAUCCUCUAGGGCUCUCCAGGAGGUUUGCAAAAGAAAUAAACCUGGACAUAAAGUUUAGUUGAAAAAACAGCAGAAACAGCUUCAUUGUGUUAAUGUUUAUAUGCUGCUCCCACUGAAACAGUGCCAAUUAAAACAGAAACUAUGCACUAUUUUUUAUUUUACAACAAGCUGCAAUGCUGAGUACAAUAAGGAGAAAAAUAUUACAAACUACCUAUAAAAGCAUCCUGGAUUUCCAGCAUAUUAGUAAUACACAAUACAAUACAGAAUACAUAAAAAAUAAUAUGAUACCCUUUGCUAUUACUUCAAAUAGAUUUACAUCUUCAGCAUCCAAGGGAUGAAAUGUUGAAUUGAGCAGUUUGUUAUUUAUAUCAGCUGAUAACCAAACUGAUCCUAUGCCAUAUGUAUGACAUGCUCCUGCUUGUGUUUGCAAGCAACUUUUGCCAAAACAAAAACAAUAGUAUACUGUGCCAUAGUUUUUAGAGACCAGUAGACUUCAACAAAAAGUUGAAAAAAAAAACAAAAAGCAUUUUUACUGCAAGUAAAAGCAUUUUUAAAAUAAAGUUUCACCCACCUAAAUGUGACAUUUCCCCCCCUUUUGUGUAUCUUGGUAGUAAAAUGUCUGUUGAGAGAAUUUCGAAAUUGUAAGUUAUGAUAGCCUUGGGUGAAAAGGAGCAUAGAGGAAGACAGCAGGCCAAAUCAAGAUUAAAAGAAACAUGUUUCUUGUAUUCAUUCUCAAUAAAGGUAAAGAGAGAUAAUUUAUAUAUUUUAAUGACUAGAAUGCAUUAGUCCAUAUAUCUAAGCACAUACUUGUGUUUAUUCAGUGUAAUACACAAGAAAUUCUGCAAUUACAAACUGUACAUGAAAAAAAAUUUUUUUUUUGUAUUGUAUGUAAAAGUUCUUACUUUGACCAAACGGAUUGUGCAGCUUAGUAUUUUUGUGUUAUUAUCUGUGGGACAGUCAUUCAUCCAAGUCUCACUGAACAGAUCAUCUCCAACAUUAUGUAUCAGAAUGAUGUGGCUUCACCUUUGAAUUAGGCUCAGUAUUUUAGACAUCCUCUAUUAUGCAUUUUAUUGAAAUUGUGUAUCAAUCUUAUGGCAUUGUGAUGUAAGAUGGUGUGCUUGAUGUGUGUAGGUCUCUGACUCAUAGGUUACAUAGGAGAGGGCUAUUGUCAUGCCUAUCAUAGAGUGUUUUCAAGUCUUAAACAAUGUAUGCAAUAGACUAAAGAUUUAAAUUUGCAGAAUGAUGUAUUUUGAUGAGAAUUAGAUGUUGCUGCUGGCUCAUACAUUAACAUUAAAUACACACCCAUGUGGAGCAUU